GAAGAAGGAACGCCAUCUCACUCUUCUCCCUGCUCGCUUUAGCCAUGUCUCAGGAGGGAAAAGGUUUGCCACCUCAAAAAGGACCCAAGUAUUAAAGAACUAGCCGAACAGAUAGCAAAAGAUCCUUCAUUCACUCAGAUGGCCCAGCAACUCCAAGGUACAUUUCAAGGCGUUGCUGAAGAUGGAAUCCCUCAAUUUGAUCCUCAGGAAUACUACUCCACUAUGCAACAAGUUAUGCAAAAUCCACAGUUUAUGACAAUGGCUGAGCGGCUUGGUAACGCGCUGAUGCAGGAUCCUUCCAUGUCCAGCAUGCUUGAUAGUUUGUCAAAUCCUGCGCAAAAAGACCAACUUGAAGAACGAAUGGCACUGGAAUGACAAAGAUGUCCUAUUCUGGAAGAGAUAGAACGUGGGGGUCCUGCUUUAAUGAUGAGGUACUGGAAUGACAAAGAUGUCCUACAGAAGUUGGGUGAAGCAAUGGGGUUCUCUGUUACUGGAGAGACAAACACAUCUGGUGAAAAUGGUGCAGAAGAAACGGAAGAAGCAAGUGAAGAUGAUUCAAUUAUUCAUAUUUGUGUCGGCAAUGGUGAUGAUGAGGGUUUGAGAAAUGCACUUGCUGCUGGUGCUGAUAUAGAUGAAGAAGAUUCAGAAGGAAGGACAGCACUUCACUUUGCUUGUGGAUAUGGGGAGGUGAAGUGUGCUCAAAUUCUUCUUGAAGCUGGGGCAAAGGUUGAUGCUUUGGACAAGAACAAGAACACUGCUCUCCAUUUUUAUGCUGCCGGGUAUGGCAGAAAGGAAUGCGUUUCUCUUCUGCUAGAGAACGGUGCUGCUGUGACUUUUCAAAACAUGGACGGUAAGACACCAAUAGAGGUGGCGAAACUGAAUAACCAGCAAGACGUUUUGAAGCUCCUCGAGAAGGAUGCAUUUCUAUGAGAAGCUGCAAAAGCAUUUCUAGUGCCAAUAUUGCACUGAGCUGUAAUCAAACUAUACUCUCAUGUAAGAAAUGCUUGGCACAUGA